AUGUACCCUAGAUGGAUUCUCACUUUACUUAAAGUUCUCUUGGCAACCGGCAAUGGCCAGCGUGGUAGGGGCAAAAGGUCUCAAGCAGAGGGUGAAAAGAAUAUCCGGAGUAACCUAGUCUACUUGUGUGUCUUACAACGUCCAACCUUAUUAGCGGAUCAAAAAGUAACUCAACUAGAAACAGAACUUGAUAAAAUAAAAUGGAACAUCGAAGGCUUGAGUGAAGUUAGAAGAAGAGAAGAAAGCCAGAUAACACUAAAAACUGGCCAUAUUUUCCAUUAUAGAGGAGAAGAAGAAACAUCAAAUAUUGGUGUGGGAAUGAUCGUACACAAGAAACCAUUAUACCAGAUUAUAGCAAAUCUAAUAGAAAUGAAAAGGGUGUUUACCCUCACGUCAACAUCAUCAGAAAAAGAUCUGGAUGCAUUCCAUAAAACCAUCAAUGACGAAUUGGAAGAAAAUACUAACUAUCACACCCUACUGAUAAGCAACUUGAAUACCAAACUCGGCAGGAAAAAAGAUGAAGCCGAAACUUCGCUAGGCACCCAUGGCUUUGAUGAAAGAAACGAGAGAGGAAGCACUCCUCAACUUCUUCCAAGAACACUGUCUCUAUUCAAUAAUUAUUUCUUUGCCAAAAGACUACAACGAAAAUGGACUUGGAUCAGCUCAGAUGGCAACACUAAGAACGAAAUAGACUGUAUCAUAACAAACAGGAAAGAAAAAGUUCACGACGUAGCAGUCCUGAACAGACUCUUCAUAGGCAGCGACCAUAGAAUGAUACGAACAAAAGUUUCU